CGUUUCACUGAUUGCUCUUUUCCUUGGUCCCGUAAUUUCUCUUUCCGGUAUAUUCAGUGUUUUUUAUUCAAUCGACCAUAAUCGUUUCACAUUGUGUAUCUACGUGUGUGUUUGUGUGUGUAUGCCUACGUGUGUAAGAGAAAGAGGGAGAGAAAAAAAGGUGCCCUUGUGUGGGGAGUGAUUGUUUAGCUCAGGUUUUUUAUCAGUGACGGAUUGCCAAAAGCACUUUCAGAAAAAAAAAACCGGUGCCAUAAGCUGUGUUGAUGACACGCCUGCGGAUCGAGUGUAGCGACGAUUGAUAUAUUUUUGACCCAACGUUUGUUGUGGACCGACCGCCGACAGGAGCUUCGUUUAUUUUGCCAGGACUAAGAAGAGGGGCGAUAAAACAGCUGGACACAGAGAGUGCCGAAACAAGGUUCCAACAGAAUGGCAGCCGAAGCAGCUACAAUUGCUGCUGAACAGCAGUUAAACGGCUUGGAUGAGCAGCACAACGGUUGCGAAUUUGACCCCAACGCUGUGGUCGAUGAAGACGAUUUAAAGAAAUUGAGACCGCCCGAUAUCGAUGCCGACGUCCGAGACAUGGAACGCCGACGUCGAGUUGAAGUCAUGAUGGGCAGCAGGACCUUCCGCGACGAUUUGGAGAGGAUCGUCGACCAGCAGCUAAGAGAGGGUGGCGCCGCCGGACUCUUUGCCCUUCAGCAGCACAUUUCAGACCUGACCGGAAUGGGGACCCAUCGGGGGUUGGGCGGAGGCGGCGGUGGAGCGCGCUGUGUAAUCCCCAUCAACGAUAUUAAAGGCGUGGAUUUCCCCAGUUACGUCAAAGGAGAAAAAAUCAUGCGUUGCAAGUUGGCAGCCCUUUACCGACUGGUCGACCUCUUCGGAUGGUCGCAAUCCAUUUACAAUCACAUUACGGUUCGCGUGAGCCAAGAACAAGAACACUUUCUAUUGAACCCCUUCGGACUGCUAUACAGCGAAGUGACGGCCUCCUCCCUGAUUAAGGUCGACAUGCAGGGCAAUGUGGUCGACCCGGGAACAACGAACUUUGGAGUCAACAUUGCCGGUUUCGUCCUCCACUCGGCCAUCCAUGCCGCGCGCCCGGACGCCAAAUGCGUCGUCCAUGUUCACCAUCCAGCUUGCGUCGCUGUCUCUGCCUUGAAAUGCGGGUUCCUUUCCGUCAGUCAAGAGAGUGUGAUGAUCGGCGAAGUUAGCUAUCACGACUACUACGGAAUCUUGGUGGAUCCCGAGGAGCGCGAUACGAUCGCACGGAAUCUCGGACCCCUGAACAAAGUGAUGUUUCUCCGCAAUCAUGGCCUAGUCAUUCUAGGCGAGACCAUCGAAGAGGCGUUUUCACGCGCCUGCAACACGGUUCUAGCCUGCGAAGCCCAAAUCCGCAUGAUGCCAGUUGGCCUCGACAAUUUGAUCAUGAUUUCCGAUGAAGCUAAACGCCGGUCACAGGAGGUAGCUAAGCGCGCCAACGAAUUCGCAAGAGCCGGACGCAAUAACGUUCAGUUGGCUGGAGUCGAAGGCGAACAACCCGAACAAGAAGAGGUCAAAGAGAAACCUCGAACCCGCGAGGUCAAAUGGCGACAAGGCGACAUGGAGUUCGAAGCUUACAUGCGGAUGUUGGAUAACUCUGGAUACCGAAGCGGAUAUCCUUACCGCGUCCAUUCAGUAAGAACGGAGCUUCCAAGACAGAAACACGAUGUCGAAGUUCCGCCAGCAGUCUCGUCCUUUGGUUACAUGAUUGAAGAAGACGAGCUCUACAAAAAUAGUCCACUCAGGAAAUUGCUCGACGGACGUCGCACCUUGGACAAGAAUCGCUGGAUCAACUCUCCAAACGUCUAUCAGAAAGUGGAAAUAGUCGAACAAGGCUCUCAGGAUCCCAAGAAGAUCACCAAGUGGGUACCCGAUGGCUCUCCGACUCACAGCAGCACUCCGGUCAAACUGGAGAUUGCCCACCAGUUUGUACCGAUGGGCACGACAUCGAAGGAGUUUAAACAGAAACAAAAGCAGAUCAAAGAAAACCGUCGUCAAGGUGGCAUCAGCGCUGGGCCCCAGUCGCACAUCCUGGAAGGAGUCAGUUGGGACGAAGCUCAAAAAUUACAAGACGCUAAUACAAGUGGAACUGGCGAUCAUGUCGUUGUCGUCGGUGCAGCAUCGAAAGGCAUCAUCCAACGUGACUUCCAACAUCAUGCAAUGGUCUACAGAACUCCUUACGCCAAGAACCCUUUCGAUUCCGUCUCAGAUCAAGAGAUUGAGGAGUACAAAAGACAAGUAGAGAUGUCUCAGAAGGGUAUUUCAGAAGAGCACGAGGUGAGUUACUCCACUACGGAGGCUCCCACGAUGGAGCCUCUUGUAGCCGAGUCAGUUAUCCUCUCUGCCAGUGGCGAGCCCGUCCGUCCCGAACGGAAAUCACCCACAUCGCCACGACCACUCAGUGACGACGAAGCAAGUCCUCGAGUAGUUCAGGUGGCUGUGAAACACGUGCCGCAGGAAGAUCACGCACAACGUCAGCUUCUCCCGUCAGACGAAACCACAGGGGCUGAGUCGCCCGAACCUUUUGUCGAGCGCUCGAAAUCCGCCCGCCUUCCGCGUGACGGGUCGGGUGAUGCUUGGGACAUGUUCAAGCGUCGCUCAUGGUCGCUGGGCCGCGAGAAAAGGAAGCACCAGAAUAAAGGUGGUGAAGUGAACGGCGAUGAAAUUGACAACCCACAGAGCCAGGUGUCGCAGAGUAGCCGUGACGAGUCGUCGGCCCGAGACAUGUCGACAGAAGAUUCACCCUCCAAGUCUAAGGAUAAGAAGAAGAAGAAGGGAUUGCGAACACCCUCUUUCCUCAAGAAGAAGAGUAAGGAGAAGAAGAAGCCAACGCCGGAAGUUUGAACAACUACAUCGCUUUUUGCUUUCAAUGUCGGAAAUAAUCUAUGAAUGAGAAACAAACUCUUUGGGACUCUUUUGGGGACAGCACUGCCACUCGAGUGUCGUCGGGUUUUUUUUCUCUUUUUUUUUUUAAAACAAAACAUGAAUAAUCUCUUCUAUAUACUUCAGCUACUCUCCAGUAGUCCUCCUUUUGGUUUUGCGUCAAGUAUCUUAAAAAACUAAUCCGCCUUGCUUUAGAUUGGAGAAAAGAAUGAUGUUUGGUUUUAGUCUCU